AGAGGACGAGCCGGGGCUCCCGCUGUUUCUGAAGUCAGUGACCUUUCCUUGUUUUGAGACAGUCUUCAUUCCUUAAGAGGUACAAAGCGUAAAAAAGUACACAGGCCGUGCUUUACGCAAAUACGCAAAAACCCAAUUGCCGCACUUGCCCAGCGCGCUCUCCGCUGGUGAUCUUACGUCUUUUCCCGGCAGGCUCCGGGAAUCGCCACGAGACUUCAUCAAUUCUCGCGAUACUUAGCGGCAGCCAUCUUCUUGGGGGUGUUGAGAGCCCGGGAGAACCCCCGAAUCGUUCCCAUUGAGCUGCCCUUCGUUUUUGCUUUCUUCACUUUUGCGUCUUCUGCGUUGUCAACAAGCACCCGGUCUUGAGAGAAAGCCCUGGUCUAUGCGCGUGUCGCGUUCCCGGACCAGGAAGAUUCCGCUGGGGUGGAGGAAAGGGGGAGGGCCCGGGCAAACCGUUGCUGCUUCAGCCCGGGCCAGGGUCCGGGGAGAGGAAAGCUCCGGGUGCAGGUGGACUUGCGGCCUGCGGCGCUACCCGCAGAGCUGUUAGCCGGGCGGGGCUUGUGGGAACGUGCCACCCGCGCCUUCCACCGCGGCCCACGCGGGCAGCGCGUGGGGAAAGGGGGCGGGGGCAGCCGCGGCUGUAGAGGCCGCGACUUGGGCGGGCGGAGGAGUGACGGGCCUUGGGGCCGUAGUGGAUGGUUUCUAAAAUGAUCAUUGAAAACUUCGAGGCACUGAAGUCCUGGCUCAGCAAGACUCUGGAGCCCAUCUGUGAUGCAGAUCCAUCAGCCCUCGCAAAAUAUGUUCUGGCUUUGGUAAAGAAAGACAAAAGUGAAAAAGAAUUAAAGGCAUUGUGUAUUGAUCAACUGGAUGUAUUUCUUCAAAAAGAGACACAAAUAUUUGUGGAAAAACUUUUUGAUGCUGUGAAUACAAAGAGUUAUCUACCUCCUCCAGAGCAACCAUCAUCAGGAAGCCUAAAGGUAGAAUUUUUUCAACACCAGGAAAAAGAUAUAAAAAAAGAAGAGAUCACAAAGGAGGAAGAGAGAGAGAAGAAGUUCUCCAGAAGGCUAAAUCACAGUCCUCCCCAGUCAAGCUCCCGAUACAGAGAAAAUAGAAGUCGUGAUGAGAGGAAAAAAGAUGAUCGUUCUCGCAAACGAGAUUAUGAUCGAAACCCUCCUCGAAGAGAUUCAUACAGAGACCGGUACAACCGGAGACGAGGGCGAAGUCGUAGUUACAGCAGGAGUCGGAGUCGAAGUUGGAGUAAAGAGAGGCUUCGUGACAGGGAUAGGGAUAGAAGCAGGACGAGAAGCAGAAGCAGAACGCGAAGCAGGGAAAGGGAUCUGGUAAAACCUAAAUAUGACCUGGAGAGAACAGAUCCACUAGAAAACAAUUAUACUCCAGUCUCUUCAGUACCUAAUAUUUCAUCUGGUCAUUACCCUGUACCUACUUUGAGCAGCACUAUUACAGUAAUUGCUCCUACUCAUCAUGGUAAUAACACUACCGAAAGUUGGUCUGAAUUUCAUGAGGACCAAGUGGACCAUAACUCUUAUGUUAGACCACCAAUGCCAAAGAAACGCUGUAGAGACUAUGAUGAAAAGGGUUUCUGCAUGAGAGGAGACAUGUGCCCUUUUGAUCAUGGAAGUGACCCAGUAGUUGUAGAAGAUGUGAAUCUUCCUGGUAUGCUGCCUUUCCCAGCACAGCCUCCCGUUGUUGAAGGACCACCUCCCCCCGGACUACCCCCACCUCCACCAAUUCUUACACCCCCACCUGUGAAUCUGAGACCUCCAGUGCCACCACCAGGCCCAUUACCCCCCAGUCUACCACCUGUUACAGAUGAUAUUUCUUAUUCUUUGGUUUUGACAGGACCACCACCUCCACUUCCUCCUUUGCAGCCAUCUGGCAUGGAUGCUCCCCCAAAUUCUGCAACCAGUUCUGUUCCUACUGUAGUAACAACUGGCAUUCAUCACCAGCCACCUCCUGCUCCACCCUCUCUUUUCACUGCAGUUUUUGUAUUACCAGAUACAUAUGACACAGAUGGCUAUAAUCCUGAAGCCCCAAGCAUAACAAACACUUCCAGACCUAUGUACAGACACAGAGUGCAUGCCCAAAGGCCUAACUUGAUAGGACUAACGUCAGGGGAUAUGGAUUUGCCACCCAGAGAAAAGCCUCCUAAUAAAAGCAGUAUGAGGAUAGUAGUGGAUUCCGAGUCAAGGAAAAGAACCAUUGGUUCUGGGGAGCCUGGAGUUCCUACAAAGAAGACUUGGUUUGAUAAGCCAAAUUUUAAUAGAACAAACAGCCCAGGCUUCCAGAAAAAGGUUCAGUUUGGAAAUGAAAAUACCAAACUUGAACUUAGAAAAGUUCCUCCAGAAUUGAAUAAUAUCAGUAAACUUAAUGAACAUUUUAGUCGAUUUGGGACCUUGGUUAACUUACAGGUUGCAUAUAAUGGUGAUCCUGAAGGUGCCCUUAUACAAUUUGCAACAUAUGAAGAAGCAAAGAAAGCAAUAUCAAGUACAGAAGCUGUACUCAACAAUCGCUUUAUUAAGGUUUAUUGGCACAGAGAAGGAAGCACCCUGCAGUUACAAACUGCUUCUCCAAAGGUAAUGCAGCCAUUAGUCCAGCAGCCCAUUUUGCCUGUUGUGAAGCAGUCGGUCAAAGAGCGGUUGGGUCCAGUACCUUCAAGUACUGUUGAACCGGCAGAAGCUCAGAGUGCCAGUUCAGACCUUCCUCAGAAUGUAACUAAGUUAUCUGUGAAGGACAGGUUGGGUUUUGUAUCAAAGCCAUCUGUUUCAGCAACUGAAAAGGUGUUGUCUACAUCUACUGGACUAACAAAAACAGUGUAUAAUCCAGCUGCUUUGAAGGCUGCACAAAAAACCUUACUUGUUUCCACCUCUGCAGUUGAUAAUAAUGAAGCACAGAAAAAAAAACAGGAGGCACUGAAACUUCAGCAGGAUGUCAGGAAAAGGAAACAAGAAAUUUUAGAAAAGCACAUUGAAACACAGAAGAUGUUAAUUUCAAAACUGGAGAAAAACAAAGCAAUGAAAUCUGAAGACAAAGCAGAAAUAAUGAAAACGUUAGAGGUUUUGACAAAAAAUAUUACCAAGUUGAAAGAUGAGGUUAAAGCUGCUUCUCCUGGACGUUGUCUUCCAAAAAGUAUAAAAACCAAGAUUCAGAUGCAAAAAGAAUUGCUUGACACAGAACUGGAUUUAUAUAAGAAGAUGCAAGCUGGAGAAGAAGUCACUGAACUUAGAAGAAAGUAUACAGAAUUACAGCUGGAAGCUGCAAAACGAGGGAUUCUUUCAGCUGGUCGAGGUAGAGGAAUUCAUUCAAGAGGUCGAGGUGCAGCUCAUGGCCGAGGCAGGGGUCGAGGUCGAGGUCGAGGUGUGCCUGGUCAUGCUGUCGUGGAUCACCGUCCUAGGGCAUUGGAAAUUUCUGCAUUUACAGAAAGUGACAGAGAAGAUCUUCUUCCUCAUUUUGCGCAAUAUGGUGAAAUAGAAGAUUGUCAGAUUGAUGAUUCUUCACUUCAUGCAGUAAUUACAUUCAAGACAAGAGCAGAAGCUGAAGCAGCUGCAGUUCAUGGAGCUCGCUUCAAAGGGCAGGAUCUAAAAUUGGCAUGGAAUAAACCAAUAACUAAUAUUUCAGCUGUUGAAGCAGAGGAAGUUGAACCUGAUGAAGAGGAACAGAGAGAGAUCAUCAUUGCCUGAAUUUAGCUUUGUGACUGCAACAGCAAGACUUGUUCCUGUCUGGAGACGACUGUUAUAUCAUCCUGUCAUUUUGUUUGCCCUUAAUCAAUUUGAAUAGAUGUUUACACGUGCUAUAAUUGGCAUUUUAUCUUCACAGUUCUCUAAGGGUACAUCUGAGUUCAGAAGUAUGUCUGAGUGUGUGCUUUGUCUGACCUUAUUCUUAAAUAUUUUCUUCCCUUAUUUUAUAGCCAUUUAUUUUUUGAACACAGUAAGAAGGAAAAAGACUUCUUGGUUUCCUAAUGUGAAAUAAGUUCAGUCUCAGCCAAAUUGAGAAUUGUGUCUUAGAAAUUUAUAAAGCCAUGAUGCUGUGUUCAUUAGCGUGAACAAUUUAGAAUGAAGAAGAUGAUUAAAAAGUUAAGCAUGGGUUUGGUUUUAAUUUUUCUGUGUUUUAGGAUGCAUUUCUGGGGUUAGGAUAGUCACUUAAAAUCAUUUUGAAUAGGUGGCAAAAUACUUUUAUACACUGUAAUAACCUGCCUAUUCUAACUAUGGUUACUAAAGUUGCCAAGGCCACUUAGCUGAAAAAUUAAAAAAAAAAAUUUCUUAGUUCUUCAAAACCAAAAAGGAGAAUAAUUUUCUCUUUUCAAGGAAUACAGGAUGAUCUGUGGAUUAUAAAUAUUGAGAAAUAGCUACUAAAUGUCUGAUUUACUUAAUUUUUCCACAUUUUCCUCAUGCAGUUAAAACAUCAAGACAAUCUAAAAAACAAGGGGAAAGUGUUGUUUCCUAACAGUGUUAAAGAUUGUAGUUUUUCUUUCUUAAAAUGUGUAUGUCCGUAUUAUUUACCUAUAGGCAAUAUGGCUUAGAAUUAUUUAUAAAAAAUAUGACUGAAUCUUAUCCUAAAUAUUCAUUCAAAAUACCUUUUUUGUAAUAAUGGGCACCAUAAAAAAAGUUUUCAGAAAAAAUAAAUUUCUGAAUACUCCUUCAUAGAUCCUCAUGAGGUAUUCGAGAAGUUUGGAAGUUAUAUUUAGUAUAACUCUUUGUAGAAGUUCUAACUCUUUAUUAGAAAAAUCCAGAUUGCACUUGGAUUGUAUGUACUGUAACCCCCCACCCUAUUUAGUUCCAUUCAGCUAUGGUCAUAUUUUCAAUUUUUGUGCAAAGUUGACUGUUCUACAAACAUAUUUUUCCUUGAGUACACAAUGCAUUUUCUUCAUGAAAGAUAAAAAGAAUGAACACAUCAGCCAUAAUGUAAAAUAACUUUUGAUCCACGCUAGUUGGUGACAGCAUGGUUAAUGUUAGGCUUGGUUUAAAGAAAAAUUAUAUAUUUGGAAGGUCUUCUAACAUAAUUAUGACCUUUUAGCCAACAAGACUUUUUAAAUAGACUUUUCUCUUAGCUCACAUUAGCAAACUAGCAGAUAACCUCAGUGAAUUCAUUUAAAUAUUUUUUUGAGAUUCAUUUAAUAUUUUUUCUUUUCAAGGAAAGCAUCUGCUUGUGUAACAGUAGUUCAAUUGGUAGUUUAGAAAUCCAAAGAACACUGUCUUGAAGAGGCCAUACUUGAUGCUAACAGGUUUUGUUGGUUAACAGAUCUGGACCACUUACCACCACCCUGAACUUUAUUUUGUCAUCUUUUUUUUUUUCUUUCCUUGCUUUUAAAAUAAAAACAAAAUAAAGCAAAAUAAAAUUGACCAUGCCACUGGAAUCAGAAGUCAAGAUGAUUUUAUUCUAAGAUCAUUGUGCUUUUUGAAAAUUGCUGUGAAGUCCAGUAGAUGAGUUACAUAUUUUAAAUUCACAUAUGUUGAUUAAUUAAAGAUAAGAAUUUUCAUUACUUCAUUUUUCUCAAUAGAAUUCUCAUGGAACUAAGUGUAGAUAACUGUACAGAAUGAAGGAGUUUACUUAUGCAUGAUUGCAUUAUGGAAGCCUUUUAUAUACCUUUAUAUUUUUCAAUAUACUUAGAUUUUACACUAUUAUCUGCUCUAGUCAUGCUAUAUUUGUUUUUUUAAUAGAGUUUAUAAACAUUUAUGCUCAAAUACAGAUCAAGUGAAUAUUUUUGGUCUUGUUUACAAGAUAAGUAAUACUUUAAAGGGAUGCAGCCCCUCAAGUGUCUUAGGAAAAAAGUCAUUGGUGCUACAAAACCUUUCAAUAUCAUUUUUGAACCUGUUACCUAGACUUUGUUAGGCUUUAAUCUAUGAUUACUUGUGACUUCCUCUAAUCUAGCAGCAUAAUUAUAAAAGUGGUCUGUGGUGAGUCAGAUAAAGAGCUCAGCCCAUUCCUAAUGCCCUGUAAUUUAAAGAUACACAGAAUGACAGUAUACUUUUUCAUGCCCAACUUCCCAAAAAGAAAGAGCUUCUUCUGUUUGUCCUUAGUUCUUUUGAAAAGAGGAAUGGUGUUAAUCUGGCUAGAAUAAAAAAAUGGUACUUUAAUCAUGGCUCAGUUAUCCCAUAUUUCAAAUAGAAAACUUUUCUAGUUCUAAAAUAUGAUAUGAUCCUGCUCUGCUUUAAAUUCCCAUCUAUCUUUUACUCAACACGAGGCAGGAUAAUUCUUAAGUAUUUAUAGAACAUUUGUUGAGUUGUAAAGAGAUGUAUUAUUCACAUUGUACAAGUUUUGUGUUGAUGUGUAGAUUGUUUUCUACAUUUACAAGACUUCAUUCCAGCACCUUAGUGAAUGUUCUUAAGAUACAAUUUUUAAGUAUCAGCAAAGCAUUCAUGGAUGUUUGCUUAUGAUCCUCAGAAUCCUGAACCUGUUUUGAGUGUGAUACUACUUCACAGUAUGUUGUCUGGCACAAGAUUUCCUUUAAUAAGCGGUUUAGUUUAACACAUUUAUGUGGAUUGUUGAACCUAUAAACACCAAAGGAGUCUUAUUCUUGUCUGGAGACUGGAUUGUUCCAGUUUUUAAUACCUAUGCCCGUAAGUGUCCCAUUUCACGAAUGUGUGUUGGCAUGGGAAAAAGUUCCCUGCUCUUUGAGUGGAGCGAAAGUAAUUGGUUAAGCUGUAGCAGCUUUUUUUUUUUUAAGUGAUAAUAAAACUUGAACUGAAAAAGGUAAAACUUGAACUAGAAAACUACUCUUGUAUGCUUAGAAUGUUUAUAGUAUAACAUGUUUAUGUGGGGUUGUCAACAUUUUUAUUAUUUAUAGUUGAAUUAUGUUUUGUUAAAUAUCCAUGUUUAUUAUUUUUAUAUUUUGAAAAAAUUUUAAAUAAAAUAGUCUUACUAAAACAGUUGUUAACUUUUUAAA